AUGCCCGCUGCUCAACCAGGGCGGUCGGACUUGCUCGCCAGUAUCCAGGGUGCAGGAAUCCACAUGCUCCGCAAAACUCCUGCAGAAAGAGAAGAACCAUUCUCCCCAACCGCUGCUGCCCCCGCUGCUCCCGCUGCUGCGGGAGGAAGUGAUCUUGCCGGAGCACUGGCUGCAGCGCUUUCGCAGAGGAAUAAGAGCCUGGGUCAGGAGAGUGACUCAGAAGAAGAGGAUGAUUGGGAUGAUGAUGAUGAAUGA